AUGGACCUGCCAGAGAGCCUGGCAGGCAGCCCUGCUACAAAAAUGUACUUCUGGGACCAGGCGGAGGAGGGGAGCCUGGGGACACUGCUCAACUCAGAGGAACAAAUACUCAACUCCAUGUUCGAAGCUUGUGACCCCCAGAGGACAGGCUUUGUGGCUGUGACCCACAUACUAGCCUACCUGGAGGCUAUGACAGGACGGAGCCCCCGGGAUGCACGGCUUCAAACACUGGCCCGCAGCCUGGACCCCAACGGAGAGGGCCCGCAGGCCACCGUGGACUUAGACACCUUCCUGGUCGUCAUGCGGGACUGGAUCGCUGCCUGUCAGCUAGAUGGAGGAUUAGAGCUAGAAGAGGAGACCGCCUUCGAGGGGGCCCUGACCCCCCAGCAACUGCCAUCUGGAUGCCCAGAGGAGCCGGCCAACCUGGAGAGCUUUGGAGGCGAAGACCCCAGGCCUGAGCUGCCCGCCACAGCUGAUCUGCUGAGCAGCCUGGAGGACUUGGAGCUCAGCAACCGCAGGCUGGCCGGGGAGAACGCCAAACUGCAGCGCAGCGUGGAGACUGCCGAGGAGGGCUCUGCGCGCCUCGGGGAGGAGAUCGCAGCCCUGCGCAAGCAGCUUCGCAGCACCCAGCAGGCUCUGCAGUUUGCCAAGGCUGUGGAUGAAGAGCUGGAAGACCUGAAGAGUCUGGCCAAGAGCCUGGAGGAACAGAACCGCAGCCUUCUGGCCCAGGCCCGGCAGACAGAAAAGGAGCAGCAGCAUCUGGUGGCUGAGAUAGAGACUCUGCAGAAGGAGAAUGGGAAGCUGCUGGCUGAGCGGGAUGGAGUAAAGAGGAGGACUGAGGAGCUGGCCAUGGAGAAGGAUGCUUUGAAGCGGCAGCUCUACGAGUGUGAACGCCUCAUUUGCCAACGUGACGCCGACCUCUCUGAGCGCACUUGCCACGCGGAGAGUCUGGCGAAGACUUUGGAAGAGUACAAGACAACGACGCAGGAACUGAGACUGGAAAUCUCACACCUGGAGGAGCAGCUGAGUCAGACUCAUGAGAGACCAGAAGAGAUACCCGAAGGGGCUCAGGCAAGAAGAGUGGACUGGACCAAGCUGCCGUCCCCAUCACUGGGCAUGGAGAUCCAGGCCAUUCAGCAGAAACAAGAAGUGGCAGCUGCCGAUCUCUCCAGCCCUCUUUGUGGAGUGUGGCGGUGGGAGGAAGGCGUCAAGGAAAGUUAUGAGGAAGCUGAGUUUCUACCUGAAGCCCCGACUGAGGGACAGAGAAACUUCCAGGGAGAGCCAAGGCACCCUCAAGAAGGAAGGAAGGAGCGAUCGAUGUGGUUGCCCAGAAGAGAGGACAAGGCAGAAGAGGAGACCCAGGUCAUGGCCGAACUCCCUAUCCCUCUGGGAGACUCUCACCCCAGAGACAUUUCAGGAAGUUCUCCUGAGAGCCCUGCCAGCUCUGACCCGCAGCAAGCCCUGGUGCCUGUGGAGAAGGAGCUGGUCCCAGUCAGGAGGCCAGGCUGGGGCCAGCUCUGCCUGUGCCCCCUGCACCCCCAGCAGCUCAGGGUCGCUCAGCACCCGCUGAUUCCGGCACCAGUCUUGGGCCUGCUGCUGCUGCUGCUGCUCUUUAUCCUGCUUCUGGGCCAGUCCCCACCCCCCACCUGGCCCCACCUCCAGCUCUGCUACCUCCAGCCCCCACCGGUGUGAGCCGUGCUCCCC